AUGGAGCACAUCACGACGCCGAAGGUGGAAAAUGUCAAGUUACUAGAUCGUUAUACCCACAGAAAGCCAGCCAAUGGGACACUAUACCUGACCGCAACACAUCUGAUCUAUGUGGAUGCUUCGGCAGAAGUUCGGAAGGAGACAUGGAUCCUCCAUCACCACAUUGCAACUGUGGAGAAGCUGCCACUGACUCCGUCUGGAUGCCCACUGCUUAUUCGCUGCAAGAACUUCCGUGUGGCGCACUUUCUUAUGGGGCACGAGCGGGAUUGUCACGAAGUCUACACCUCCUUGCUGAAACUUUCGCAACCAGUGAAACCAGAAGAACUUUAUGCAUUCUCUUACAAUCCUAAAAUGCCCAAAGAUAACCGGGAAAUGGGCUGGAAGCUGAUAGACAUCACAGUGGACUACCAGCGAAUGAGCAUUCCCAAUGACUACUGGGAAAUAACUGAUACUAACAAAGACUACGAGGUCUGCAGCACGUACCCUCGGGAACUGGUGGUGCCCAAAGCUGCUACAAGAACGAUGGUGCUGGGCAGCUCAAAGUUCAGAAGCCGAGGUCGGAUACCAGUGCUUUCCUACUUCUACAAAGAGAAUAAUGCUGCCAUAUGCCGGUGCAGCCAACCCUUGUCUGGGUUUAGCGCUCGUUGCCUGGAGGAUGAGCAGUUGCUGCAAGCCAUUCGGGAAGCCAACCCAGGGAGUCCGUUCAUGUAUGUUGUAGACACAAGGCCAAAGUUGAAUGCCAUAGCUAAUCGUGCUGCUGGGAAGGGUUACGAGAAUGUGGACAAUUAUGACAACAUCCGUUUUAAAUUCAUUGGCAUCGAAAACAUCCAUGUCAUGCGGAGUAGCCUGCAGAAGCUCUUGGAAGUGUGUGAAAUGAAAUCUCCUUCAAUGAGCGACUUCCUUACUGGCCUGGAGAGCUCCGGCUGGUUGCGACACAUUAAAGCGGUGAUGGAUGCUGGCGUUUUCCUUGCCAAGGCUGUGACAGAUGAGCACGCCAGCGUCCUGGUCCACUGCUCAGACGGCUGGGAUCGCACUGCCCAAGUCUGCUCACUAGCUUGCCUCCUCCUAGAUCCAUUUUAUCGGACACUGAAAGGAUUCAUGGUCCUGGUAGAAAAGGAAUGGAUUGCCAUGGGUCACAAAUUCUCACACAGGUGUGGCCACCUGGAAGGUGACCCCAAGGAGGUGUCCCCCGUCUUCACCCAGUUUAUGGACUGCACCUGGCAACUCAUGCAGCAGUUUCCCUGCGCGUUCGAUUUUAAUGAGCGGCUUGUGCUAGAGAUCCACGACCACAUCUAUUCUUGCCAGUUUGGCAAUUUUCUGGGGACCUGUCAGAAGGACCGGGAAGAUCUGAGGAUCUUUGAGAAGACCCAUUCCUUGUGGCCUUUCCUGCAGCACAGGAAGGAAGAGUUCAGAAAUCCGUUGUAUAAGGGAUUCUCUGCUUACAAGGGACUCCAGCCCAACACUCUGCCUUUCAGUUUCCAGUUCUGGUGCGGCAUGUAUAACCGGUUUGAUAAAGGGAUGCACCCAAAGCAGUGCGUCUUGGAUCAUCUCCUCAGCUGCAUCACCCAGAAACUGGAGUUGGAAAACACUGCAGAUGAGCUAGGAAAUAAACUGCCCCUCUUAGAUGGACCCAUGCCAGAUGAGAUUUCCAUCUUAUCCAAAAUGGUAACCGUUCCAACCGGCUGUUCGAAAUCUCCAAUGCUCAAUACUCCCCAGGACUAUGAGAAUGAGCCUUCUGCCCCGGUGGCCAACGGUACCUUGCCUGUGGAAGGCGACAGACCCAACCAGCUAAAGAGUGAAGAGGGUCUUGUUAACCCCUUUGACAUUCCAGAUGGCGACCGGAGCACCAACGGGAGCGUCCAGUCUGCUGUUAAUGCAGGAAACUUCCAAAACCACUGA